AUGCGUGGCAUGGAGCUGCGCAGCUGGUGGCAUGCGGGCAUCCGCAACCUCAAAAAACGCGACCAAUCACACGACGGAUUGGUCAAUGUGCCGGCAGUACAGCAGUCAUGCCAUUGCUCAAUGGACUACCAGGUGGAGAUGGCGAUAGGGCUGCAAGUACGAUACUCUCUGGCGGGGAAGGGACGCGAGCCGGGGAAGUGUGCAGAAACGCUGGGCGCAGGGAACGGGGAUCAAAGAGCACAACCGACAGCACAAUUGGACUCGUAA